UGGUCCAUCCCCCGGUCACGUUAUGUCACGCAUGACGUCGUAUUGAGCCAAAGCAGAGACGUUUACAUACUACCGCGAGUAUGCUUAAUAUAAACAAUUCGUGAACAAAUGUAAUAUUAUAAAUAUAUUCUGGUGAAGCAGCGCCACGUCUGAAAGCUGCAUCAUAUGAAUAUGGCACCGCGAUUACAGUUGGAGAAAGUGGCUUGGCGUUGGGUGGAAACGGUGAGACCAGAAGAAAUCGGACAGGAGCAUGUCGAGCUAGCAUACCGAGUAAAUCUCCCAGCCUGCAUGAUGGGAGCCUGCAGGAGGAACUGCAAAGGAAAUCCCAACUGUCUGGUAGGAAUUGGUGAGCAGGCAUGGCUGGGAGACAUAGAUGAAAAUGCUUUCCACAAUAUUGAUGACCCAAACUCAGAGCGCAGAGACAAGAACACAUUUGUUGGCCUGACCAACCUGGGUGCAACCUGUUACGUUAACACAUUCCUGCAAGUGUGGUUCCACAACCUGGAGUUACGAAGGACACACUCUUCGCGAGCACAGGAACAUAACGUUGAGUCUGAUUAUGAGCCCGAGUCGAUCUGUGAACAUCUGCAGUAUCUCUUUGCACUUCUUCAGAACAGCAACAGAAAGUACAUUGAUCCUUCUGGGCUAGUGAAGGCACUGGGUCUGGAUACCAGGCAGCAGCAGGAUGCCCAGGAGUUUUCAAAACUCUUCUUGUCAUUAUUGGAAGUCACACUGUCUAAGCAAAAGAACCCCAACAUGCAGAAUGUUAUUCAGCGGCAGUUCUGUGGCCAGUUCUCUUAUGUUACUGUCUGUAACCAUUGUGGACGGUCGUCUGCUCGGCCAUCCAGAUUCUAUGAGCUGGAGCUAAAUAUCCAAGGUCACAAAAACCUCACUGAGUGUGUGACAGAGUUUCUGAAGGAGGAAAAACUUGAUGGAGACAACCGCUACUACUGUGAGAACUGCCUGAGCAAACAGAGUGCCACUCGAAGGAUCAAACUGCACAGCCUUCCUCCAACUCUCAACCUGCAACUCAUGCGCUUUGUCUUUGAUAGACAAACAGGACACAAGAAGAAGUUGAACACCUUCAUCUGUUUUCCAGAGCAGCUCGACAUGGGAAGUUUUGUUGAAGAAAAACAAGGUCAACAGUGUGUUUAUGAAUUAAGUGCGGUGCUCAUCCAUCGGGGCAUCAGUGCUUAUUCAGGCCAUUACAUUGCCCAUGUAAAGGAUGCGUGCACAGGUGACUGGUACAAGUUCAAUGAUGAAGAAAUUGAGAAGAUGGAAGGAAAGAAACUGCAGCUUGGAAUUGAGGAGGACAUUGCUGAGCCGGUGAAGUCUCCAACACGAAAGCCAAAGUGUAAUAAAGGCUACCACUGCUCCAGAAAUGCCUACAUGCUGGUGUACAAGAUCCAGGAGGAGCAGAAUUUGGAUCCCUCAAAGAAUAAUAUAAAGUUACCAGCCUUUCUUCAGAAGCUGGUCGACCAAGACAACCACAAAUUUGAAGAAUGGUGCAACGAAAUGGCAGACAUGAGACAACAGAGUGUCAACAAAGGCAAGGCCAAGCAUGAGGAGGUGAAGAAACUCUACAAGCUUUUACCCACAAAAGAUGGUGAGCUGUAUGAGUUCAUCCCACUGGAAUGGCUCAAGAAGUGGCUAGAUGACUCCACUGCCACAAAAGAAAUUGAUAACACACUCCUCUUGUGUUCUCACGGCAAACUGCACCCAGACAAGGUGGGGGAUUCAAAGAGGGUCUCCCUCCAAGCUGCACAGCAGCUAUAUGAGCGUUAUGGUGGGGGGCCAAGACUGAGCAACUCCUCUCUGUGUAGCAAGUGUGUAAGCCAGCGCUGUCGUGUGUUGCGACUGAAAAAACAGCUCAACGAUGACUACAAAGAAGUCUUCAACCUCCUCAAACGUAAUUUCAGUGGUGACGGUUACUGGGUUAGCAAAGCAUCUCUGCGUAGCUGGAGGCAACUGGCUUUUGAACAGCUGAAAGAAGAUGAACAAGAAACCAAGCACAGCAAUGGUCUCAACAGUGAGCAGGAACUGCACACGGACAACAGCACUGAUUUUGCGUCCGAGCUGUCAGAGGGCAGGGAAGAAGAGAUGAAGGCUUUCAAUGAAGAUAUCGUCUGUACUCAUGGAGGUCUCAGUAUCAUGGAGACUGAACGGAAACUGGUGUCAUCUGAGGUUUGGAAAAAGCUAAGAGAAUACUUCCCCAAAGCCCCAGAAUUCAGUGGAAACCAGCAGCCUUGCCAGGAGUGCCUAACAUUAGAACAGGAGGAAAAGGACAAUGAAGCAGUGAGUAAGAUGAUGGCCCUGCACCAGAAGAACCAGCUGCUCAACCUCUUCCAUGAGAAGAACCGGCCAACCCUCACUAAGUGGCCACAGGACACUGAUGUACUGUACAUUGUGCCUGUAUUUUUUGUGGAAGAGUGGAGAAAAUUCAUUAGGAGGCCCACAAAAUCAUCUCCAGUUUCUAACGUGGGUAACACCCUGCUGCUCUGCCCACAUGGGGGUUUCAUGUUCACCUACGAGUCCCUGAUCAGUGGUGAUGCAAAACAGAUAGCUCUGCUCUGGCCUUCUGAGUGGGAGGUGAUUAACAGACUGUUCAUUGUGGAUCAGGCCAUUUCCAUCCACUGCUUGAAAGAUACCAAAUCACCUGGUAUCACAACUCAGUAUACUACCCAGCCUGAUCUGUGUUGGGAGUGCAGAGAGAGCUUUCUCUUCCAGCAGCAGAGGGAUCUCAGAGAGUACACACAGGCCACGGUCUACAUCCGCAAAGUCAUAGAGGAUGAGAUGGUAAAAAAAGUGGCUACUGAGAUAAACGCUAGUAGCUCUGAGGCAGAGGAGGAGAGAGAAGAACAACCUAAGGUGGAAGGAGAGAAGGACCCAGACUUCAGCCAGUCCCAGGAUGGUGCAAAAAGACUAAAGCUGUGUGACGGCACAGCAGCACCAGCUUCUCCUGUGUCUGUGACCAACUUGGCCAAAAAAGGGGGGAUCAGGAGAAGCACCCGACACAGAAAACUCCGAGGAGAGAAAGCCCUCAUUGUUUCAGCCAAUCAGACACUGAAGGAGCUGAAGAUACAGAUUAUGCACGCCUUCUCCGUGGCUCCAUUUGACCAAAACCUUUCUAUUGAUGGAAAAGGUCUCACAGAUGACUCGGCUACACUGGGCAGUUUGGGCAUAGUUCCAGAGAGUGUCAUUUGUUUGAAGGCAGACGAGCCAAUCACAGAUUAUGCUGCAAUGGAUGAUGUAUAUGACGUGAGAAUGCCAGAGGAGGGAUUCAAAGGCACUGGGCUUCUUGGGCACUGAAGAACCUGUACUGGGAAAAUUACAGAGAUACUACCAUGUAAUUUCAAAUGCCCAUAUAAACUGAUACGUCCUGUAUUUUUAUUUUCUACUUUCACAUUUUGCUUAGGGAAACUGGCUACAUUGCAAAACCACUGCUUGUAUCUACAUUAAGACAGCUAGCGAUAUAUAUUUUUUUGUUUCAUGCUACAGGAAGAGUUUAUGUCUAGUACAAAGUGACUAAAGUGGAUUUGAGAUUAUCUAUUGUGGAAAAUGGUAUUGUUUAAAAAUAAAACAAAACGAAUGGCAAAAGUCAUAUUUAAAGUCAUGUCUCUUUAAAUACCAUUUGAAGAGUACUCAGUUGCUGCAGUUUUUAGGUUUACCAAAAUACACACGUAAUUGUCAAGUGUUCCAAAAUAACUGCUUUUUAAUGUCACAAUAUUUAUUACUUGUACAGCAAAUAUAUACCAGUAAUCUUCCCAGGGUUAUUACAGAUACAAAGUUCUUCCUGUCGACUGGAGGCUGACUCCAAAAGGCAUUUCAGCAAUACAACCAUGUGUGCUGAAAGUGAAUAUGCGUGACAGGAAAACAAAGAAAGCAAUGUAAUGUCCUUUUCUCUUGAGACAUAUUUGAUACUGACAAUAAAAUCGUUUUCAAAAUCUU